CGACCCGAUCCGAUAGAGUGACGGCCGCGUGGCCGCUCUGCCCCCUUAUCCCCUGCCUUGUCGUAUCUCCAGACUCCAUAGUUCGCUCCCUCCUCGCCAUUAGCCUCCGAUGGCUCUUCGAUCCCUGUCUUCCUCCCGGUUCGUCUAUCCAAGCCUCAGAGCUCCUGGUCUCUCGCCAUCGCGAACCCUUUGCGUCAGAAUACCAGAAAAUGCCCAUAAUGGAAAUAUGUACACGCAUUUGUCCUCGUGGAGCUCAUCUUUUACCUAUUCAAUUUUAAAGGAGGGAACAACUGCAUUCUUUUGCAAGAAAUUGGGCAAUAAUAAACACUUAAAGAGAAGAAAAGGAAUCAUCAAGUGCGCAACCAUUGAAGAAAUCGAGGCUGAGAAAUCGGUGAUUGAGAAGGAUGCUAGAGAUAGGAUGGAGAGGACUAUUGAAACUGUCCGGACAAGUUUUAAUGCAGUGAGAACAGGAAGAGCAAAUCCUUCCAUGCUUGAUCGUGUUGAGGUUGAGUACUAUGGAACUCCUGUCAGCUUGAAGAGCAUUGCACAAAUCAGUACACCAGAUGGAAGCACUCUUCUUGUGCAGCCGUAUGACAAAUCUAGCUUAAAAACUAUUGAGAAGGCAAUAGUAAGUUCUGACAUCGGUUUAACACCAAACAAUGAUGGAGAGGUGAUACGACUAAGCAUCCCUCAAUUGACAUCUGAGCGAAGAAAGGAGUUAUCCAAAGUUGUUGCAAAACUCGCCGAGGAAGGAAAGGUUGCAAUAAGAAAUAUACGAAGAGAUGCAAAUAAAGCCUAUGAGAAACUUGAGAAAGAGAAGAAACUUUCAGAAGAUAAUGUUAAAGAUCUGUCAAGUGAUCUUCAAAAACUGACUGAUGACUACAUGAAGAAGGUUGACGCCAUUCAAAAACAGAAGGAAAAGGAACUGUUAACAGUAUAGCGCCGCGCCUUACAAACCAUGUGCAUCCAUUAACUUCUUUUGCUGGCAAUUGAUACUAGGACUUGAAGACCUACACUGCAUUUGCUGAAGGUUUCUACGGCGUAUGAUAGUGAAUUGUCUCUCUUGAGGUCUCACCUUGUUGAUAAAGCGCAUGGUCAGAAUGCAAGCGUCAAAGAAGUCCGUAAUUUUGUCUUCCUACCGGAUUUUAUUUUGCGUUUUUUGGUAGAUAUUUUUUUACUGUUGCUUGUUUCUAUAAAAGAUUCAAUGUGAUCCAUUAUGAACUCAGAAGGUCAGAGUGUAAGUCGAUGAAAUGGUCUUUUUAGAAUGCAAGAGCAAAUUCAACAUUUUUAGAAGGAUAA